CGUGCCUUCCACUACCGCCAACUCCCAACAUCAUCAGCCCCACGAUUCCCACCAGAUACCCAGCGUUUGUCACCACCACCCAGACACUCGACUUCAAAAACGAACGGCCUGAGUCAAAGCUGCGGAAAUAUCCAACCCCCACUCCGAACCCCUCCCACGAAUUUCCCAGUCAUCGGUGGUCGAACAUGAACGUCGACACCAUCUCCGACUUCCUCGGCGAGCAGCGGGACAGCGCCCCCGAUGAGCUGCAACCCCUCAUUCUCGAGUUUGAGACACUAUGGGAACGCAAGCUAUGGCAUCAGCUCACCAACCAACUGAUCGAGUUCUUCAACAACCCGGGCAGCGCACCGCAGCGCUUACAGUUCUACAAGGUCUUCGUCCUCAAGUUUGCUGAUAAAAUCAACCAACUCAAGCUCGUCGACCUUGCGUUGAAGGCGGCCACACAAUGUAGAGACAACCAGGAGCGGCUCUCCUUCAUGGAAGCGGUCGUCAAGAAGGUGGACAACGAAGAGUCACAGGACGCCCUGGUGUUCGCCACGAUUGCGGUGGCCCGCGUGAGGCUCGACCUCGAGGACCUCGACGGCGCGAGGAAAGACUUGGACCGGGCAGAGCGGGUCCUCGAGAGCUUCGACUCGGUCGAGACGAUCGUGCACGCGGCCUUCUACGGCGCCAACGCCGACUACUACCAAGCCAAGGCCGACUUCGGCUCCUACUACCGCAACGCGCUCCUCUACCUCGCCUGCAUCGACAUCAAGUCCCUCUCCCCCGCCGAGCGGCGCAGCCGCGCGUACGACCUGUCGAUCGCCGCGCUGGUCAGCAGCAGCAUCUACAACUUCGGCGAGCUGCUGCUGCACCCGAUCCUGGACGCACUCUCGGAGCGCGAGGAAGACAAGUGGCUGCGCGAGCUGCUCUUCGCGUUCAACCGCGGCGACCUGGCGGCAUACGACGUGCUGGCGAACCACAUCAAGUCGAACGCGCUCCUGGCCCAGCACGCGCGGCAGCUGCGCGAGAAGAUUUACCUGGCGGCGCUGACCGAGGCCGUGUUCCGGCGCCCGCCGCACGACCGCGCCAUGACCUUUGCCACCAUCGCGGCCGAGACCAAGGUGCGGCCCGACGAGAUCGAGCACCUGAUCAUGAAGGCGCUCAGCCUGGGCCUGCUGCGCGGCACCAUCGACCAGGUCGACGAGGUGGCGCACAUCAACUGGGUGCAGCCCAAGGUGCUGGACAUGAAGCAGAUCGAAAACAUGCGCGGGCGGCUAAAGGAGUGGGACUCGAGCGUCAACCAGCUGGGCAACUGGAUCGAGACCGUGGGGCAGGACGUGUGGGCGGCAUAGAUAGGGGAGGGGUGAGAAUGGGACAAAAUAUUACGGCCACGGACACAUACAUGAUGACAUGCCUUGUAUGAUGAUAGACUCGCCACGUCUAAAUGACAAACCAUGAGGCGUGCUAAGACCGCCCAUCGU